CGCAACCCCACCCUGGCUAUGUACAGCAUUGCCCUGACGUACACGCGUUGCUAGUGUAUUACCGCUAUCCUUUUGCUGUCACCACGUUAGUAAUAAAAAAGAAGCAGAAAAAAAUUCCGCAUACAGAAUGUGUACAUGUACUGUACGGACGUACGUACACACACACGUAAACCACUGCCAUACUAUGGAGUGCUAACCAGCCGAUGGUCGACGAAACAUCGCCAGAAAAACCACGAUUUAGAACGGUUUCUUGUCCAGGAAUUGCACCGCGGAUCGGUAGGGAACAUCGUGGGACGUCGUGGCGACGUACCAGGGGGGUUCCUGCGGUGCUGGUGCUGGGAAUACUGCAAGUGGAAACGUUUUUUUUGUCGAAGCGGUUGUGGUGGGAUAACUCACGACGAGCGGACCCGACGGAUUUUUACGCUGCGACUUCUGUGCUGAGCUGAAGGCGGCGGCCCUGAUAUAUAUAUAAAAAAAUUCCCGUGUGCAUGCGGCGGCUAGAGCUCUUCUAGCAAAUCUCAAGCAGGAGAUUUUUUUUUUAAUAAUACACACCCGGUGCAAGACGAAACAGGAGAGACACACGUACUGUGUUGGUGGAUGUUGUAAUGGGGUGUUUUGGAAAUGGCAUGUCCAGUGAAGAGAUCGACGAAGAAAGGAGGAGGAAAGACGCAAAUAAGAAGAUCGAGAAGCAACUCCAAAAGGACAAACAAAUCUACAGGGCGACACAUCGGUUACUCCUGCUUGGUGCCGGUGAGUCGGGAAAAAGUACCAUCGUCAAACAAAUGAGGAUUCUACACGUAGAUGGAUUUUCACCUGAAGAGAGAAAGAAGAAAAUAGAGGACAUACGAAGGAAUAUUCGAGAUGCAAUCUUGACAAUAACGGGAGCGAUGAGCACCCUAACGCCUCCCAUUCAACUAGCAGAACCUCAGAACCAGUUUAGACUGGAUUAUAUUCAAGACGUCUCAAGUUCACCGGAUUUUGAUUACCCUGAGGAAUUCUGGGAGCAUACGAAAAGGUUAUGGGUAGACGGCGGUGUACAAGCCUGCUACGACCGCUCCCAUGAGUAUCAACUUAUAGAUAGUGCACAAUAUUUUUUAAAUAGAGUUGAUGAUAUUAGCCAGUCAGAUUAUAGUCCAAGUGAACAGGAUAUCCUGCGGUGUCGUGUUUUAACAUCGGGUAUAUUUGAAACGAGGUUUCAAGUUGACAAAGUAAACUUUCACAUGUUCGAUGUAGGAGGGCAGAGAGACGAAAGGAGAAAGUGGAUCCAGUGUUUCAACGAUGUGACAGCCAUCAUCUUUGUGGUCGCGUGCAGUAGUUACAAUUUGGUACUGAGGGAAGACCCGAGCCAAAACCGGCUCCGAGAAUCUCUGGAGCUCUUCAAAAGUAUCUGGAACAACAGGUGGCUGCGGACAAUCUCCGUCAUCUUGUUUCUCAACAAGCAGGACCUUCUGGCAGAGAAAGUCAAAGCCGGCCGCUCGAAGAUCGAAGACUACUUCAGCGAAUUUGAGCAUUACACCAUACCCCCAGAUGCACAAAUUGAACCUGGCGAGGACGAGUGUGUAGUGAAGGCCAAAUUCUUCAUUCGGGACGAAUUCCUUCGUAUCAGCACAGCUAGCGGCGACGGCAGGCAUUACUGCUACCCCCACUUCACCUGCGCGGUGGAUACGGAAAACAUCAGACGGGUCUUCAACGACUGCCGGGAUAUAAUCCAACGGAUGCACCUCAGACAAUACGAGUUGCUGUGACAACAGCCCUCCCAGAUUGACCCCAAUCUCCCCUUCACCCCCACCCUCCCCCACCCCAGUCCUCCAAAGCCUUUCUUCUCAAUUUUCACCCAGAGUCCUCUUAGCGGCUACAGCGACGACCCCUGACUGUUGACCUCUUGCGGGUUGCAUCGCAGCCGGGGGAAGAACAGAAGAACAAGGGGAUAGAACAAAAAGCGAGAAGACUUGGUCAAAAUCAGAGGAAAUGGGUUGAUUGGUUUGUAGGUUUCACUGUUCAGGGUUUGGUGAGUCAGCUGAGUGUAUGGCCGUUCUGCUCACAUUAUUCAAAUUUUUGAGGUUUUUGGUCUUCUUCUUUUUUUUUGAAUUGUGAAGUAAAAUUUUGCCACGGAAAGUUCCACCACCACAACCACCACAACAACCACCACGAAGUAUGCGAGCUUUAUACUCAGAACCCAGCCACCGAACCCAGAGUGGUUUUACACAGAGUUAUACAAUAAAUUACAAAAAAAAAAAACUUCAAAAAAAAAAAAAUUGUGAACAUUGAUAAUAUUUAAAUGAAACACGACAAAAAAAAAGAUUUAAUGAAAAUUGUUGCAAUGUAAUUUUACAGUUUAAAUUAAAUUACGAAGAUGAAUACGAGCGAGAGUGGCGUUGUCAUGGAAACCGUGAAGUGAUUGACGCCACGGCUCGUAUUUAUUUGUUGCAUGCAUGACUGUACAUAUCCUAAAAUAAAAUUCUUAAGUUUACUUCAAGCUUGAUGAAAAAGGGGGGAAAAAACAACUAAAAUAGAUUUUAAAGACAAAGAAAAUAACAGUGACUCUGCGAGAAUGAAAAAUGAAAGAAAAACCAGAAAUAAAAUCUGUCAGACUUAAAAAAAACAUAAAGUAGCAAUAGUUUACAGUCGACAGUCAAAACUUUCAAAACGCUUUACAAACUCGGCAGUAGAUCCUCCCCAAGUAUUAGAAUGCACGCUGUAAACUCUUGGCACAAUAACCACAGCCUUUUUACGGCCACAUUUGGAGCUAAGGCCAAAAAAA